GCUCGCGGACAUUUUACCCAUCUUUUUGUUGACGAGGCCGGUCAUGCGACAGAACCAGAAGUGAUGAUUAUGAUAAAGACUAUGGCCGAUAAUAAUUCGAAUGUAGUCUUGUCCGGCGAUCCGAAACAGCUGGGUCCAAUCAUCCGGUCAGGGGUGGCCCGUGAGCUUGGCCUGGACAUCAGCUAUAUUGAAAGGCUCAUGACAACGGAAGCUUAUGAUAUGCGCAUUUAUACUGGUACUACGGUCGUCAAGCUAGUGAAGAACUUUCGAUCACACAAGAUUAUUUUACAGUUCCCCAACGAGCGCUUCUACGGCAAUGAUCUCGAGCCCUGUGCAGAUCGCAAGAUUGCAAACGCUAUGUUGGGAUCAUCGCAGCUCGCGACUAAAUAUUUCCCUAUCGUCUUCCAUGCUGUCCAUGGUCGGGACCAACAAGAAGCAUCGUCACCCUCGUUCUUCAACAUCGACGAAAUAACUCAAGUCAAAACGUAUGUUGAAGCACUUCGAGCCGAUAGACUUUACAGAGCCACCGACGAUGAUAUUGGCAUAAUCGCUCCUUACCAUGCCCAAUGUUUGAAGCUUCGAGCGGCUCUGAGGGCUGUUGCUGAUAGUAUCAAAGUUGGUAGUGUCGAAGAGUUCCAAGGACAGGAACGGAAGAUAAUCAUAGUAUCGACUGUGAGGAGUAAUCGUGAUUUU